UUUGCUGACGUCACAAUAGGAUUCGACGUAAAAAGCUUACUAUGUUUGCAGUGUCAAAUUACAAACAAGCAAAAAGUAUUUUCACCUGUAUGCAGUAUAAAAUUAAACAAACAUUAAAGCUUGUAUUGUCUGUAAAAUAUUCAUUUAUGUGUAAUAAAAAAUAAAGGAAUGAUCAAUAACUAAUCAAUACUAAAUUAAAUUAAGAAGUUUACAUAAAGUUGAAAUAUGGAAAGUUAAAAUUUAUUCAAUUUUCAAAGUAAUGCAAUAUUACUCAUCAUUCUUUGUACAUAGAUAUAAUCUCAUUUGAUUAAUUUUGGCGGAAUUUAAAAAUACGUCAUUUUUUAAAAAAGAAAGUUACGUCACAAUCGUGAAACUGUCAGAGAAUGAAAUAUUCGCAAUGAAAUAUAAGGGGAAGUUUGCAUCCGAGAAAAAGAUAGCGAGUUUGAAGAACUUGGUAUUUAAAACUAAUUCUCAAACAGAAAAAAAGACGGAAGAAGCCCCCGGAUCUUUAACAACCUGCUCAGAUGUAAAUUCAUGGGAGUCAGGGAGGCGAGUUGUUGAACUGAAACUACUAGCGGAAGGUUUGAAAGAGUGUGUUUUUUGCAAAGAACCUCUACAUCUUUCUUCGUGUACUGGUGAAAAAAAAUAUGGACUGGCAUCCAUACUGUACAUUAAUUGUCUGAAAUGCAGCAAUACAAAUUCGGUGCCCACGGGAAAGCGUCACAAUACAAAUGGGAAAGGACCAGCCCGUUGUUUUGACAUCAACACUAAACUAGCAGCAGCUAUGAUUAACGCUGGUAUAGGUGAACAACAGGUCAAUAAUAUAUUGGCAGAACUCAAUCUCCCUACGAUUCAUCACAAGACACUAAAAGAACGAGAGAGGGAGGUCGGCCAUAUCAUAGAGGACAUAGCAGAACAAUCUUGUAAUUCUGCCAUACAAGCCGAGAUUUUGUGUUCAGAGAGUGGCGACGCUUCAAAUCCUUCGGAUGUUGAUAUUGGUGUUUCAAGUGACGGCGGAUGGCAAAAGAGGGGAACUGGUCGUAAUUACAAUAGCUUGUCAGGACAUGUGACUGUUAUGGGUAAGAACACCAAGAAGUGCCUUUCUUACGGCAUCGCAUGCAAGACUUGCAGAAAAUGCAGGAAUCGGAAAUCUUCUUCACGCAAAAACAGUUCAAAAACAACCCAUCGCUGCAGAAGAAAUUGGAGCGGUUCUGCUAAGGGCAUGGAACCCUUCCUGACUGUCCAAUGCUUAAAGUCUCUGAAGGAAAAGGGUUUAGGUGUAAAAACGCUGAUCAUGGAUGACGACACCACCACUUUUGUGAGAGCCAAAAAAGCCAUAUCAGACCAGCUGGAAAAAUGCAGCGACAAAAGUCAUAUUGUGCGCAAUUUUAACAACUCCCUCCAUAAAGUCAAAGAUGGCCACAAGAACUUCUCCACAGCUAACAUUAAUUAUUUCAAAAAAUGCUUUAGCUACGCCAUUGAGCAAAACAAAGAAAAUGUUGAGGGAAUUCGCCAGAAUUUAUUAGCCACCGUUCCUCAUGCUUUUGGGGAUCAUAGCGGAUGUAAUGAGGUCUGGUGUGGAUAUAUCAAAAGUCCCGACACGUACCAACACAAGAGCUUUCCAUCAGGCAAAAGUUUACAGGGAGAUAAACUAAAGGAAACCUUGCUAGAAUUAUUCACUAAACACGCAGAAAAUGCGGAAAAACUAGCUAACCUCGGCUCAUCUAAUGCGAAUGAAAACUUGAACCAAAUAAUAGCUAAAAAGGCACCAAAGUCGCAGCAUUAUUCUGGGUCGGAUAGCCUCUCCUUCCGGGUCGCUGCAGCCAUUUCUCAGAAGAAUGAAGGACACGGAUUUAUUGUAGAGGUAAACAAGGCUUGUUGCCUGUCACCUGGAAAACAGACAGGAGUAAGAGCGGGGUACCUGGACAGAAAGAGGACAAGACAACAGGCCCGACAAAGCUCACGACAGGCAAAGCUGGAUCGACUGCGUCUCAAGGAAGAAAGACAGUCGUCAUUGGCAUCGGCGGAAUUACAUGAAGGCACAACAUAUGAGUCGGGUAUAGACUAUGCAGUCCCCGCAGACAGACAGGAGGAACUGGUCAUGGAUAUACCACUUCCCAGUACACGGCAGCUCAGCAGACCUGUAGACGCACCAGCCUCACCUGACACAAUUAUUGUGGCUGAUCUAGAGACUACUGGAUUUUCUAACAGUAGCAGAAUCAUUCAGAUUGCGGCAGCACCACUUCAUUCAGAGGACAGGUUCAACAGAUUUGUACAACCCGCAAACGGUUUUAUUCCACCAGCAAUAGUAAAACUAACUGGGAUAGAAAUGCACGGAAUGCAGAUGUAUUACCAGCUAAACCCGGUCCCAUCUUGUGGAGAAAGGCAGGCCAUAGCCGAGUUUGCUGAGUGGCUUAGCAGCUUCCCAUCCCCCUUAAUUGUGGCACAUAAUGCACAAUUUGAUGCGCGUAUCUUAGUGUCCUGCUUUACCAGACAUGGUCUGACUGAUAUGUUAAAAAGUGUCGUUGGUUUCUCGGACACAGUGAAAUUUUUCAAGAAAGUACACCCAAAUCAACCAUCAUAUAAACUUCAAGACUUGGCUAAAUCGUUAGCUCCAGAAUUUGAUUCUGCAAAUGCACAUAAUGCUGAAAAUGAUGUUUAUGCGUUGAAAAUCUUGCUGAAAAACACUCCAAAAGCGGAGGAGUCACUCUCUGAGUCAAUCUUCUCUACCGAUUAUGUCAUCGCGAACAACGAAAAGCUAUCAAAUAAGAACAAAAACAUAGGAAGUUUUCAUGAAAUGAUAACUGCAAAGGUGCUUACAAAGGGGCAAAGUUCUACUUUGGCAGGUAAUGGCUUUCAGGCGAAUCAUUUGAAAUUGGCGCUUCAGAGAGGCGGAAGAGAUGGACUCUACGAAGUGUUGAAGGGAAAACUAAAGUCUGUAAAUACAGUUAUAGACAAAAUCAUUUCAUUUUAUGAAGUAUGAUUGUCUACAUGUACGUUUCUUCAAUAAUACAAGUUGAGAUUCAUACACUGUAAAUAAUUUUUCAUUCGUGAUGAGAACUUUAUUGUGCAGAUGAUGUGCUCGCGAAAAUUAAUUUAUUGAACUACAGUAUAUUUUUAUUUUAUUAAUUGUAACAUUUUGAUUUAAAACCAUGGCACAUUUAACUUAAGAUAACACAUAUGUAAAAAAGGUUUACAAAUGCUCUCAAAUCCAAUAAGAAGUUUUUGUGCUCAUAUCUUUGAAGAUUUGUUCUAACUUUUCAGCACUGCUUGAUUUUGUCAAGAAAACAAAUACCAUGACUCUGUUCCAUUGAAAAAGUGUGACAAUUUAGGUUAAUUGAUUAUGACAAUGUCAAUCGAUUAAAAAUUGAAAAUACGGAUUAUACAUGUUUUUUUGAGUGAAUUCUUGAUUACAAUGUUAUUCUGAGACGUACAAAAAUAAUGACGUCGUAAUAACGUUAUAUAACGUCUUAAUGAAAUUAUAUACGUUUGCUACAAAUUUGUAAAACUUUAAAGUUUUUUUGAGAGAAAAUGAGCGAGAACACAUAUUAAUUUUUUUUGAUAGAUCGAUUCUAAAUUUAUCUCACAUUCAUUGUGUUGAGUAAUAUAAAAUUCGUCUGCGCCGUUUUCAUACUAUGAGCAUGGUUUUAAAAUGCGUUUACGGCAAGAAAGGCGCAUUUUGCUAUAUAUUUCAUUGUAAUAGCGUCACCUGUUCUCAUCAACAUUAGUGCCUUUGAAAUACGAUAACAAUAUAACCAAGCGCACGAAUCUCAAAAAACUUUCAGAAAGAAAAAUUCGAAACGAGAGGAUUCAGCAGACAAAUUUUCAGAGUAUGUUUUCAGGCAGACAGUA